AUGGAAACCCUAACAGUAGAAGCCAUGAUAACCUACGUGAGCAUAGCCAUCCCUGUUGCCGUGUUCUUGCUAAACUCAGAUCGUGUUCAGAAGGCCAUUGAGAUAUUCAGCGAAUGCUUGAUUUUGUUAAAUAGCACCAACCAGAACAGCGAAGACCAAUUUAUUUCACUUCGUUACAGCACCAUCUAUAAACUUCUCUUUUGCGCUAAUCUUCGUAUCUCUGACUUCAUAAAUGAAGAAAGAUACGGCAGGAAACUACUUGUCCUAUACAACGAGUCUGGCGCUUUAGUAGAAGAAGGAGAUAUUAGCAUGGCUCUGGCAGUGAUAGUUGAGAGUCAAAACAGGUUUACAGAAGCCAAACAACUUUACGAAAAAGCAGUAAUUAUAAAGAGACAAACUGGUGAAAGAAUCGGAGAAGCAAACGGCUGUGAAAGCCUCGGAAUUAUCUUCUAUAAACUUGGCGAAAGCGUAAGAGCGAAAAAGUAUAUUGAGAAAGCCCUUGCCAUAAGAACCAAAAUUGGUGACAAAAAAGGAGAAGCAUUCUGUUACGGAAACCUAGGAGCGUUGCUUCAGCCGCUCGGGGAAUACAACAAGGCUAUCGAGUAUCUCGAUAAAGCACUUGUCAUCCAUACUGAAAUUGGCGAAAGAGAAGGAGAGGCAGCCGACUACGGAAACCUAGGUACUGUGUUUCACUCGCUCGGGAAAUACGGAAAGGCUAAAAAGUACCUUGAAAAAGCACUGGUCAUCAGAACUCAAAUUGGCGACAGAGAAGGAGAGGCAGCAGCUUACGGAGACCUAUGUUCUGUGUUUCAGUCGCUCGGGCAAUACGUCAAGGCUAAAGAUUAUCUCGAAAAAGCGCUUGUCAUCAGAACUGACCUUGGCGACAAAAGAGGAGAAGCCUCAAGCUACGGAAACCUAGGAACUGUGUUUCACUCGCUCAGAAAACACGAGAAGGCUAAAGAGUAUUACGAAAAAGCGCUUGUCAUCACAACUGAAAUUGGUGAUAGAAGAGGAGAAGCCUCAAGUUACGGAAACCUAGGUACUGUUUUUCAGUCGCUCGGGAAUUACGUGAAGGCUAAAGAGUAUCACGAAAAAGCGCUUGUCAUCAGAACCGAAAUUGGCGAUAAAGUAGGAGAGGCAACCAACUACGGAAACUUAGGCAUUGUCUUUCAGUCGCUCGGGAAAUACGACAAAGCUAAAGAGUAUCUCGAAAAAGAACUUGUCAUCACAACUGAAAUUGGCGACAGAAGAGGAGAAGCAUUCUGUUACGGAAGUCUAGGUACUGUGUUUCAGUCGCUCGGAAAGUACGAAAAGGCUGAAGAGUAUUACGAAAAAGCGCUCGUCAUCGCAACUGAAAUUGGCGACAGAGAAGGAGAGGCAGCCAACUACGGAAACCUAGGUACUGUGCUUCAGUCGCUCGGAAAAUACGACAAGGCGAAAGAGUAUUACGAAAAAGCGCUUGCCAUCAAAACUGAAAUUGGCGACACAGAAGGUGCGGCAACCGACCACGGAAACCUAGGUACUGUGUUGCAGUUGCUCGGAAAAUACGACAAGGCUAAAGAGUAUUAUGAAAAAGCGCUUGUCGUACACACUGAAACUGGCGACAGAAAAGGAGAUGCAACCGACUACGGAAACCUAGGUACUGUGUUUCAGUUGCUCGGAAAAUACGGAAAGGCUAAAGAGUAUCUUGAAAAAGCACUUGUCAUCAAAACUGAAAUUGGCGACAGAGGAGGAGAGGCAGUAGCUUACGUAAAUCUAGGUAAUGUGUUAAAUUCGCUCGGGAAAUACGAGAAGGCUAAAGAGUGUCUCGAAAAAGCGCUUCUCAUCACAACUGAAAUUGGCGACAGAAGAGGAGAAGCCUCAAGUUACGGAAACCUAGGUACUGUGUUUCAGUCGCUCGGAAAAUAUGAAAAGGCUAAAGAGUAUCACGAAAAAGCGCUUGUCAUUAGAACUGAAAUUGGUGACAAAAGAGGAGAAGCCUCAAGUUACGAAAACCUAAGUACUUCGCUCGGGAAGUACGACAAGGCUAAAGAGUAUUACGAAAAAGCGCUCGUCAUCAGAACUGAAAUUGGCAACAGAAAAGGAGAGGCAGCCGACUACGGAACCCUAGGUGAUGUGUUUCAGUCGCUCGGGAAAUACGACAAAGCUAAAGAGUAUUACGAAAAAGCGCUUGUCAUUAAAAUUGAAAUUGGUGACAGAAAUGGAGAGGCAGCAGUCUACGGAAGCCUAGGUAACUUGUUUAAGUCGCUCGGGAUAUACGACAAGGCUAAAGAGUAUUACGAAAAAGCGCUCGUCAUCAGAACUGAAAUCGGCGACAGAAAAGGAGAAGCGUCAAGUUACGGAAACCUAGGUAAUGUAUCUAAGUCGCUCGGAAAAUACGAGAAGGCUGAAGUGUAUUACAAAAAAGCGCUUGUUAUUAAAACUGAAAUUGGUGAUAAAGAAGGGGAAGCAGCAGAUCUUGCAAACCUUGGAGAUGCGUAUUUAAUUCAUGGAGAUUAUGAAGUUUCUGAAGUAUGCUUGCAGAGAGCAUUACUUAUAUCCAGAGAUAUUGGAGAUAGAAAGAAAGAGUUUGAGAUCCUUGCAAAUUACGCCGUUUUGUUUUUAUUUCAAAACAAAAUCGAAGGCGCUCUUUUAUGUCUUCAUCUAUGCAUUGUAAAGUAUGAGGAUUUGAGAUAUUUCUUGGGCGUCAAUGAUGAGUUCAAAACAUCAUUUCUGGAAGACUCAGGAAUUUUUCCCUACAAGCUGCUAAGUAGUUUACUUUGUGUCACCGGAAAUGUUCGCGAAGCUCUUUAUGUUGAGGAGUUAAGUCGAGCGAGAGGCCUAUCAGACUUAAUGGCAGAGAAGUACUUGGUUGAAAUGCACAUCUCUUCUAAUCCACAAUCUUGUCUUGGUAUUUUACCCAUUGAAGAUUGUGAAGAUCGGUCUUUAAAUAUGCUUGAAUCACAACGAAUUCUCCCUGAGAAAAAGAGCUCAGCAAGGGUGCGACUGGUGGAGGAGGACGAGGAAGUUAAAUCAAGUCUAUCUCUGUGUUACUUAAUUUUUAUUGCCCCAGUUUAUGAUUUGCUCGAGGAGCCUGAAGUCAUGAUUGUUCCUGACCGCACUUUGUACAAAGUUCCCUUUGCUGCCUUGAGUGAAAAGGAGGGAGCCAAAUACCUCUCGGAGACGCAUAUCAUCCGGGUCAUUCCUUCUUUGAUGACACUCAAGAUCACUCAAGACAGUCCAGAGGACUAUCACAGCAACACUGGUGCCUUGAUAAUAGGCAAUCCCAAGGUUGAUUGGCUGCUGCCAUUACCAGGUGCUAGAAAGGAAGCGGAGAUGGUCGGACGACUUGUGGGCGUUCCGCCCCUGGUAGAAGAGAAAGCAACGAAGCAGGUCGUACUUGAAAGGAUAAGCUCAGUGAGCCUGAUACAUUUUGCUGCCCAUGGUAACGCUGAAAGAGGAGAAAUUGCCCUCUCCCCCACUCCCACUCCCAACAGUCCAAACACUAUCCCACCAAAGGAAGCUUAUAUGUUGACGAUGGCUGAUGUCUCACGAGUGAAAGUCAGAGCUAAACUGGUGGUACUUAGCUGCUGUCACAGUGGAAGUGGACAGAUAACAGCCGAGGGAGUUAUAGGAAUUGCCCGUGCGUUCUUAGGAUCUGGUGCUCGCUCGGUGUUGGUAGCACUUUGGGCCAUUCCAGACUCAGCUACACAGCAGCUGAUGAGUCGAUUCUACGAACACCUUGUUGAUGGAAAAAGUGCCAGUGAAUCUCUUCAUCAUGCCAUGAAGUGGAUGAGAAAUAACGGCUUUACCAAAGUGUCUGAGUGGGCUUCGUUUACGCUGAUUGGAGAUGAUGUGAGGCUCGAUUUUGGCAGGCAGAGGUAA